AUGUCCACCGCCGAAGCACGAAAAGAGCUUCCGGGUCUAGACAGUGCCCCCGACGUCUACGCAACACCAGACUUCAACGACGACGCGACAGAAAGCACAAACGAUACAUCCCCAGAGAGAGGUUCUGAAUCAGAUACGAGCCACGAAGAUGAGGAGGACGAUACCAGCUAUGGCGUCAGCAGAAGGCGGCUGUAUCCUGAUCGAGCAAGGAGUAGAUUCGACGCGCAAAGCCGCGGGGUGGAGACCAGUGUAGGGGAUAUGAGCGAUCGGGUGGAUGGGAAGCGGAAAGGGUUGAAAGUUAGGAGGUUAAGGAGGGACGAAGUCGAGCAAGAGCCAGAGACAUUGGAGGCGAAGAUUGCGAGACUAAAGCGAGAGAUGGAGGAGUGUAGGUUGGAAGCUCAGGCGGAGGAUGAAGCAGCACAAAAACAGGGCGAGGCCGAGAGUGGGAUUCAGGAUGCGAUUGAAUCAUUAAGCAGGAUGAUGUCUGGAUUGGAUAUGCCUGCUUCAAAACGACGAGGACAUGCACGGAAUAAAUCUGCAUAUCACGAUGCUCCGUCAAUCCCACCCUCCACGACAGAGCAGCAGCAGAACGACCACCAACAAUCUCCACCAGGAGACCAAACACUCAGCAACGUCACCGCAUUUGACUCCCGUCUAGCAGCGAUAGAAUCAGCUCUAGGUCUCUCCUCCCUCGACGCAGCGACGGAAAUGUCAGCCCUAUCAUCACCACUACUCCCCACAAUCGCACUACUGGAUCACCAAGUAGCAACCCUCACUUCUGCAACAUCCCUCUCAGCGCUCGAAGCAGCAAGCACAAGAAUCCACAAACUCAAAGCCGAAGCCGCGGAACUCUCCGACCUACAAACUCAACCUCCCCAAUCAACAGCAACAUCCGAUGCCGAGGACUCCGCUAGUGAAGCUGAAGUCACGUCUCCUCCAGCAGCUCUCACCUCAGAGGACAUGCAGUCCCUACAAGCAUUAUACGCUAUUCUUCCCACCCUGCAAUCCCUCUCACCCAUGGUCCCAGCUUUGACAAAUCGGCUCCGCUCUCUACGAACGAUUCACACAGCAGCAGCAAACGCUCACAACGAUCUGGAUGAAUUGGAAGGACGGCAGGUGGAAAUGGACAAAGAAUUGAAAAUGUGGAGGGAAGGAUUGGAGAAAGUUGAGGAAGCGGUGGAGACUGCCGGCGAACAGAAUGCGAAUAAUGGCAAGUUUGUGAAGCAGUGGAUAGAGGAAUUAGACGGGCGGGUCAAGGCGUUGAGAAGAUGA